CCCCGGUGUGAGUGCGCCCUCAGUUCUCCAGGACCCGCACCCAGCCUCGCUGCAGCAACCCGGCCCCUUCACGACCUCACGACGUCCCAAAAACUCCGUUAUAUCCGAACCCACGCACUCAAAUUCGAAGUCAAAUCGCAAUGGCGCCCUACACGACCUCGCUCACGCUCUUGAUCGCCCUGCUCGCGUCCUGCGUCCUCUCCGCGCUCGCGUCGCCCUUCCUGCCUGCGCCCACACAGCUCACGCGGGUGACGCGUCCCACGCCGCGCCAGGACGAUGCACAGCCGACGUUUCCGGACGAGCCGCCGUCGUGCCCGAUCUGCGAGCAGAACUUCGCGAGCAUUGAUAGCUGUGCGCAGGCGGCACCUGUGUUGGCGAACUUCUCGAUGAUCAUCUUUAACCCCGGAGCGUUCAUCGACGUGAUCAAGUGCGCUUGCGCGGACACUUUCCAGAGCGCGUACCCGCAGUGUGUCGACUGUUUCACGCAGACGAAUCAGACGCAGUUCCUCAACUCUGACAACCUCCCGAGCGUUGUCGAGGGGCUCCGCAACGUCUGCGCGCUGGAAAGCACGCUCCUCGGUGGAGUCGCGACGGCGGACGGCGAGGUUACGCCCACGUCCAGCCUUGCUGCGGCCACCCCUACGGGCUCGUCAAGUGGCGCAUCACCCUUGACCCCCGCGCCGUCGCGCAAACGCGCGUGGGUGCCGGGAUCGGUGACAAACAUGUAUUCCGCGGCGAAGCGACGGCGCAUGUCGUUUGCCGAUGAUGUUGACCGCGACUUCGAGGCGCACACGCCCGACUAUGAGAGGGCUGGAAAGGUCAACCAGGCGGAUCGCUUCAUUUCGGCACCGCAAGACAAUGCGAUCCCUCUCCAGACGACGCCGCGCACACGGCGAAUAGCCAAGAUCUUCGGUCUCGCGGACGAGCGCAUCCUGAAGUACACCGACACGAACGUAGAAGCGUCCACGAACUCUUUCCUGGGGCGUCACCGCUUCAACUACCACCAGCUACUCAAGAAACCGCACCAAAUCCCGGCAACAUCUGCAGAGGCGCACCUCGGUGCACGCAAGCAGUUCGUGCUUGCCCUCGAUGGACCAGGAAUCCCAUCCGACCUCUUUGCGUACCCCAUCUCGUGGUCUAUGCGGAACUCGAUCGCGGUGGCAUGCGGCCGGGACGUGUACUACCAGAACCUCGACACGCGAGCGAUCACGCACCUGUUCAAGCUCCCGACGAACCGCGGGAAGCUCAUUACCAUCGAGUGGGCGGAGAAGGCGCCGAACUUGCUCGCGGCCGGCACGUCGAGCGGCGAUAUCCAGCUCUGGGACACGGAUACCACGACCCAGCUGCGCAGGUGGCAGGAGGAAGAGUUCGUCGAUGUCGGCGGCAUGGCCUGGUGCGACAGGAUCCUUGCUGUCGGCCUUGGGGAUGGCAUCAUCAACCUAUACGACCCCCGCGACCCGGGGCCCAUUGGGAGGAUAGAGUCCCACAAGGACAAAGUGCACGGUCUGCGAUGGCGCCAUGACGGGAACUAUCUGGCGAGCAGCGACCAGCAGGGUGUCGUGCAGCUCUGGGAUUCGCGCGCGAGCAAGUCGCUCAGUGCGACCAACCGCUACCGUAGCAAGAUGAAGCACAAUGCACCUAUCAAGGCAUUGGCAUGGUGCCCCUGGAAGCCCGAGCUGCUUGCGACGGGGACGAUGUACCCCGACGGGAAGAUCCGCAUCUGGAACAUCAACACGACGCCCGCCGCGGCGCCCGCGACGCACACAAUCGCGCUCAACACCUCCGUCACGUCCCUCCUCUGGUCCCCGCACUGCAAGGAGCUGCUCUCCACGCACGGCAUGUCCUGGCAACCGCGCGCGGGCGCCACGGAGUCGUGCCCCACCCUCCCCGCGGACGUGGGCCCGAACAGCCGCGCGCGCCGCAUGCGCGACCGCGAGCGGCCCGUGUCCGUGAAGACGGCGCUCACGAACUCGCUCACCGUGCACUCGUACCCGAGUCUCAGGCGUGUGGUGAGCGUGCCCGCGCACACGGGCGCGGUGGGCCAUAGCUGUCUGAGCCCCGAUGGGACGAAGGUGUUCACGAUCUGCCCGGCGGAGGAGGCGAUGAAGAUGUGGCAUGUGUGGGGCGUCGCGGACGCGGGGGAGAAGCGCGAGAGCGUGUUCGACAAGUGUACGAUCCGGUGA